UGUGGUGCAGUUUAUUAAUUUAAAACUGCUACGCGUUUUUUUUGUAUAUGGGUGAUAGUUUUUGUUGACUUGUUUGUAUUCUAUUUGAUGGGACUUAUAUAGGACACGUCAACUUGAUAUUCGUAAAUGUUUUUCCAUAGCGUCAUGCCAACGUUGACCACAAGCAAGCCUUUACGAGACCAACAAGUAACGUCAUCAUUUACGGAAACCCUGAACACAAUGCUCCUUGAGGACGACCUAGAGACCGGGGAUGAGGCCACUGAUGACGUCAAUGAUGACGUCAACGAUGACGCCAGUCACGGGAAUCUGGAAUCGGCGUCGACUAAGAGUAAGAAGUCGAGGAAGCGCCAGAAGGGACUGGAUGAGAACGGUGAGAAACCGCCGCCAAAGAAACGAGGUCCAAAGAAGAAGAAAAUGACUAAAGCAAGGGUUCAAAAAUUCAAGAUGAGACGUGUGAAAGCAAAUACCCGGGAGCGGAAUCGCAUGCAUGGGUUGAACGACGCACUCGAUCGCCUUCGACGGGUCGUCCCUUGUUAUUCCAAAACGCAAAAACUAUCAAAGAUUGAAACGCUACGAUUGGCAAAGAACUACAUCACUGCGUUGGCUGAUAUCCUGAAAACAGGUUCAGUGCCAGACACGGUUGCCUUUGCGCAGACGCUGUCCAAAGGGCUUUCCCAGCCGACAACGAACCUCGUAGCGGGCGCUAUGCAGCUCAACCCUCGUACUUUGCUACCAGAGGAGAACCGGAGCAGCUACAGUGUCUGGCCACAGAGGGCGCAAUACGAUUCGUCAUACUACGAUGGGAACGGAUGUAGUUACGCUGAAGGGACUAGUUCCGUCGAUGAGAACUACAACACGGCUAACUUCCCCGGGCCGGAUAUCACAAGGAUACCACAAGAUGAGAGCAUGUACGGAGAUACUAUGUCUAAUGGAUACGGGCGCCAUUUUGAAAAUAUGCCCGCUGCAAACGGCCCUCUGCCGACCAGAAAUACAAACUAUCACUGCCAAUACAUCACCCACCAAAGCCACACACAGCAGCAGCAUCAAACACACCCCCAUGCAAGAAUGGACUGCGCUAACGAACCACCAACUGAUGACGUCAGCUAUCCAGCCAUUGGGUACACGUCACAAAAUACCCGGAUGUACGCUUACGGAAGUCCUGUUGGGGCUUCUGGAAAUGGCGGACAAGGGGGCACUAUGGGUAAUAUUUAUUCCCCUGGCGGUGACCAUUACGUUUCAUCAACAAUUUGUGACAAAGAUCUGGAUAUACUUGGGUGUGGAACAAACAUAUUUCAUGGAUGAGUUUUGUGUUUUAUUAUUGCAAGUUAUUAUCCGAACUUUAUGGACAAAAUUAUUAGCAACUUCACUAAUUUAUUUGAAAAUUCCAGUUAAACUGAUGAGCCUUACAGUAUUAAAUGUUGAAAGAAUGGAUUACUCCAUCAUCAGAGCUUAUUGUCCUCUUGCAAAAAACGAAAACAGAACGAGGAAAAGUUACGUUGGCGGCAGGGUGUUUUGGGUUAAUUAAAUCCAAGCCAAUGCCUUACUUGGUAAUGAGCACUGGAGAGUUGUUGGUAACAAUUAUAAACAUUAAUUUAUAACAAUGAAAGACUUUCGGGACGCUUGGAGGCAGCAGACUAACCAUGUAAAAUCCAUUGUUCUCGGGAAUGUGCGCAUGAUCAGAACUACGUCAACAGUUGCAAUUUACCCGGUUAAUUCUGCUGCCACCUAGCGUUCCAAAAUCUCCCAUUGCUUUGACAAUAUUAUUUGAAUUACAUUUUGACUUCCUGAAAACAAGAAGUGCAAUUUUGACAAACGUUUUCAAUCAAUAAUUUUUGCCUUUUACUGACGCGAUUUUAGAGGUUUCCUAACUAACACUUACUCCCGAUUGGUAACUGUAUCCAAGCAUCUCGACGAUCGUUAGUAUUUCUGUUGUCUUAGCCCUCAUUUGGGGUUAUUCCUCCAGUGAGGAGCCGUUAAAAUGCAACGCCCCCUUACGUUCGUUAUCAGCACAUAACUGACGAGCUUUUUUUUGCCCUUAUUUCAAAGAUUUUGUAUAUCUGACUGUGUUGUUUGCAGGGUACAGGUAUGUCUUGGAUCAAUUUAUAAGCUGAUUUGUUUGUUUGAUUAAUCAUUUCAGUUUUAUAAUUUGGUUUAAUCUAUUGGCAACUGUUGUUAAACAAAUUUUGUACUCGAAAGAUGCUGUAGAGUUUUGUCCUACCCUCCUUAACCGACCCAUGUUAAUUGACACCCCUCUAGUACAAGUUGCAAGUUGCAAUUACGUGUCCCUAACGCUAUUUCAAGCUUCCAUUAAACAGUACAUUACAAUGGGGGGACUUUUUGACGCUAGGUGGCAGCAGACUAACCUGGUAAAUCAUUAUUGAUCUUGGUUAUCUGUGCGUAGUCAGAACCAAGUAAAACAUAGAAAAGUACCUGAGACGAACUUUCAGUGAUGACUUUUCAGUGUUGCCACGGUGAUUUGUGUUAUGCAGCACACUUUGCGUAGCCCUUUAAGAUUGAUGCAGAGAUAUGGUCAAUAACUCUUUGUGAAACCGAGCCCUGGUAAGUCUGCUGCCACCUAGCGUUCUAAAGUUCCCAAUAAAAAGUACUUUUCAAUGUAUAUAAUGUAUUUUUGUGGAGAAAAGGUACAACUAUUUUGUAGAUAUUUUCUAUUAACACAUAAACAUUCCGGCUAUUCUUACUAAACAAAACGGGAACCUUUAAGGUUUAAGGGAACCCCACAAACAAAAUAAUUGUCAUUCUAUCAAUUUCAACUUUAUAAUCUUGACACUUUAUUAACAAAAUGGUGGUGAUUUGACAAGAAACUUUUAUGGUAAAGUGCAAUAUUUUAUAGAAUAUUUAUCAUGAAAUAAAACAACAAAAAUGUUUUAAUUUUACCGACUGUGGACUCGAUAAUUUCAAAGAUUGUUUCCCGUUCGAAAUUGUUUUAUGUUAUCGAUAAUUACUUAUCAUUCACUGGGGGCCAAUGAAGGUUUCAGAUUUCCAGGUUUCCAAAGACGACCAUUCGUUUUUUGCCAUCAAUAAUUAAAGACACUGGACACUAUUUGUAAUUGUCAAAGACGAGUCUUUACAGUUGGUGUAUCUCAACAUAUGC